AUGUUAGGCGUCCACGAGGCGAUUGACCCUUCCACCUACAGCGAAGUUUACCCUGCAAACCCGAAUUCUCGGAUCAAGGAGAUUGCGGAUUUGAUGACGGAAUGGUACCAGCCUUUUAUCGACAUGAUAUAUAUCAAAGCUGAGCACGUCGUAUUUCCGUCCCAUCAAUAUCUGAAGUUAGACAUAACAAAGCCAGCAGCGUACGGCCUCGCCAAAGAUGUGGUCGAUCUGAAUCAAAUGCUGCCGUAUUACAUCACCGAGCCAGAAUGGAACUUUGGGUCUGACCAUGGCGAGUUUUUGAAACUUCUUGCGGGUGAUGGUGGCACAACGGACUGGGGCGACGAGAGUGGACCAUACAUACGCCCUUGGCACGCACCAUUGAGCCAACUAGGCAAUCAUGGGAGUGUUAUGGUGCUAGACACAAGAAACUAUCGUAUGUGGCGCAUCGGACAGCUAGACAGUCUUGGUAGUACCCAAGACCCUGCACUUCAGGGACAACCGUUCAUGGGGUCAGGCUUAAAGAACAUGAAUGACCUAGAGGGGUAUCCUUCCCGUGCUGCUCCUGAAUUUAUUCAAGACAUGAUCUCGCGCUUCCGCGGCCUGGAGUGGAUACCUGGAGGCCUCCCGAUCAUGUCCAAUGCGGGAGAGAUUAUCCAGCAGCAGAUCCAUCUCGUGGAUGCGACCUACAAAUUACAAACCAAGUUGUACGCUGAUAAAUGGGAGGAAGAAAAACUUCAAGGUCAAAUACUGAUUACUGAGUGUAAUCUUCAGCCUAUGCAAGCAUGGGACGAGAAUCAAGCAAAACUGCGCGUCAACCUGGAUUUUAGGACAACUGAUCUUGCGGGUCUACGUACACGCACAGGUAGUUACGAUGGUCCAGAUGAGAGGGCUGAGAGGGAAGUCUGCAAAGCUAAGCAGGCUGCUAUUGGAUUGUCUAAGGAGGCUUGGAAAGCACUGGCUAAGGUUAACGAGAAAUGGGAGAACGGCGAUUGGAAAGACCGCUGGAGUAUCCUGGGCAGCGGGACCACUAUCAUUGAUGUGAGAACCCUGGUAUGUGAGGAUUCGAGCUGGCCAGAGUUGCAGAAGAGUAUUGUGUAUGCGUUGGAAAAGAAUGAAGAACGAUCCUGGAAGGGGAAGAGGCUAUGGCGCAACGACGACGGGCGAGUUGCCAUGGUGCUCGAAUACUAA